AUGUCUUUUAAUAGUUACCUAUAUAGUGACAGAUUUAGAUCUCCAAGAGGUUUAUUCGACGCGAAUUUACUAUGUCCUCCUGGAACUUGGACCAAUGACUUUUCUUUAUGUUCUGCUCAACCUCAUUUACCACCUCACUUACAAUCUCACUUACAACCUCCUUUACCACCUCAUUUACAACCUUGUCCUUUUAGCAGUCAAGUAAAUCGUAGGCAAAAACAUAAUACUCCUCUUUCAAAUGACGAUUCCGCUUAUCUAUGGCGUAUGAGAAUUUAUCCUAAUGGUUCCACUAAAAAAUCUUGUGCUGGUCACAUUUCCAUAUAUCUGGAAGCAAUUCAAACUCUUUUCGAAAAACAAAAUUUUUUUUUUAGACGAAGUGUUCAAUUCAAAUUUUUACUUUAUCGUUUAAUAAAAUCUACUUCUUUAACCGAUUCUUCAAAUAGAUCUGAUGAUAAUUAUAAUAGUUCUUCUACUUUUUCAAGACAUAAUUCUUUAAUUCAAGAUUCUUCAAAAGAACGUCCUGAAUUAAUUUAUGAAGGUUCUUUACAAAAAUGGGAUUUCGAAUUUCAUGGAAUAAAUUCCACUUAUGGUUUCCCUACUUUAGGAACUUUUCAUGAUUUAUUUCCUUUCGAUGAUAUAAACAUUAAUGAAGUUGAUUUAGUAGUUCGAGUUCAUAUUUAUAAUAAUAAUUCUUUUUUACCUCCUUUCUCCGAUUUAUCUAAUCCUUUUUACCCUUCCGAUCUUUGUUCUUCUUUAUUUUCUCCGGCUUCUUUUGAAAAAUUCUUUAAUAGUGAUUCUUAUUAUGAUGUGGCUUUUACUUUUGAAAAUGAUGAUCCUCCGGUUGAUAUUCCUUCUUCUUCUCCUCCAUCUCCUACUGUUGAUCUUAAUUCUAGUUCCGAUUCUAGAUCUGAUUCUAAAUCGGAUUCUAAAUCGGAUUCUAGACUUGUUUCUAGAUCGGAUUCUAGAAUUGUUUCAAGAUUUGAUUCGAGAUUUGAUUCUAAAUCUCUUAAACCUUCUUCUAAAUUUGUUCGUACUAUAAAAGCUCACAGAAUAAUUCUGGUCCAACGUUCGGAAUAUUUUGAAAAAUUCUUGGGUGGUGGUUGGAAAGAGGGUAGUUUAAAAACAAUUCCAAUAAAACAUAUUCCUUUCGAAACUUUUCGUAGUAUACUUUAUUAUUUAUAUACUUUUAAAUUAGAUGAUAAUUUAGAUUUUUCUAUUCUUAAGGAUGUUUAUACUAAUGCUGAUAUGAUGAGAUUGGAACAACUUUCUCAAUUGGUUGCUGAUAGAAUUAUUCGUAUGGUGGAUUAUGAUAAUUGGGAUCAAGUUUUGGAUUUAGGUUGGAAAUCAAAUAGCUUUGGUAGUAAAUUAUUAUUAAAAAACGCUGCUUAUGAUUUUAUUCAUAGUCAUUGGUCGGAUAUUAAGAAUACUGAGAAUAUGUCUUCUUUACUUCAUUCGGCUACCGUUGAUUGUAUUGAAGAAUUAAUGGAAGCUAAAAUGUUUGGUCCUCCUAAAUAA